UACUGUGAGUCAGUCGAGUGCGCGUUGUUGCCGCGCACGCACGCGCGUCGCGUCCCCGCUCCCCACACACACACAACAAAAAACCACAAAACCUUAACAAUCAACCCAACGUGAAUAACAUUAGUGCUAUAGUGUACCAAUAAGUGUUAUUAGUUAACUAUUACAGUGAUACCAUACAGUGACUCGGUGGGAAUCGCAACAGAACAUCGCUCAGCGUCCAACCAUAAUGAUAUAAAACAUUUUCUACGAUAAAUCGCUUGUUACUGUGUUUUAAUCGGUCGUCAAACAAUGUGAACGAGCUGGUCCACCAAUGGUCCCUCGUUUGAUGCUACCAUGGCAGUGCAGGCUCGGCCGACGGCUCGUCACUUCCACAACCAGCCGGAGCUGCAGAGGAGCAGGGCAGGGCUCAUGCUGCGGUGGAUACUGGUAGUGUGGGUCGCGAGCUGCGGACCCUUGGGGAAUACGGUGAAGCAAGAUGGUUGUGCAUUCCCGUCCCGGUGGCACGGCCGCUGGUUCCAAUCGGGCGUGAUCCAGCCGAUCCUCAUCGAGGGAGACAGACUGUCUAACAAAGGACGGUGCCUAUCUUCGGAAGGAGACAAGUUUCUUAUUGUUGAUGAAAAAGGCUGUUACCGCUGCGUUGUGAUGCAUGAAAAACAUAAAAACGUUCUUCAAUAUAAAGAAACAUUCUGCCAUCGAAGAGACGCCUUACCGCACCUGUGUUCUUUGAUUACUGGAGACGCGUUGCUUUACUCGAUGUUUAGAGAAAACGCGGAUCCCGUCGACUGCCCUUUGAAGGGACCGUUUUCUUUUACUUAUAAUAGGGGUCAUGGUGACUGCAAGAGUCCAGUUUCAUCUAUCGAGAGCUGCACAGAAGAUUCGAGACUACUCCUCAACUACCAAGCAUGUCCAGAUGUGUACGGCUCUGAAAGCACAGUGGAAGAGCUAGAAUGCCUGGCAACAUGGAAGGAAGGUAGUCUCCGCUUCUUGGUAGGCAAGCUGCACCAUAACCAUGCGACCAGCAACGAGGACCGGUACAGAUGUUUCGUUUAUGAGAAGACGAAUGACUUACUUCUCAACCCACGUGUUACAGCAACCGGUACAGUGAAGGAGCAGGUGGUCCCGCCGGGCGGCAUCGAGUACAGGGUCGCGCAGUCUGGAGACGCAACAUGCAACGGACUGUUCAGUGCUACAGAAGGCUCCAGAACUAUGGCUCUUAAACGAGUAUCAGUCCGCUUCAACUGCCAGUUCCCAACAUGGAUGACGUUCUCCCACACGUGGCAUACCCUGGACUUCACCAGCAACUACACGUUCUACCAGCGGAACGCGACGUUGAGGAUAACCAACCAGACCGGCGCUGACAUCAAGGUGUACUGCGUCAAUGUGAAGGCCAGCUCGCCGAGUGGGAACUCUGUCGCGUUGGUCGCGCAUUGGCAGCAUCAUUGUGUGUCCCGCUACGUGUGCGUGGUGCUGUACCGGCGCGACACGUACAUCGCGGAGCUGCAGCGCGGCACGCCGACGUCGCGCCCCGACGACGCCUGCUCGCCGCACCACUUCAACGCUGUCACUGCGCCUUAUGUCACUUUAGUAGCAAGCAAUCCCGAAUCAAAAGAGUGUCCCUAUUCCGGAAAAUAUGAAAUACAGAAUCGUCGCAAGAGAGAUACGAGAUCGAGUGAAGAUAAUAGUAGUAAGAGAGAGAAAGCAAUGAUGGAACAUAAUCGUAGGGUUAAUGGGAGUAGGUUGUUCAAUUUUAGCGUAAGCAACAUGUCCAGUGCUCCCAUGUUGAGGAGUAGAAGGGAGUCGGAGGGUGAAGUAGCCUGCGUGGUGAAUAGCUACAACAGGCUAGAAGUUGGCUGCAACUCCGUCAAGAAUAUGGAGUUUUAUUCCACGUGUGAGAACCGAGAGGUCGUCACUGCGUACACGUGCCACGGCGGGUGGUACGAGAACGGCGCGUCGUUCGUGGUGACGACGCCGGUGACGCGCGACAGCACGGCGGCGCGGCGCUACUGCUUCGUGUCGCGCGAGCAGCCGCGCGCCGCGCUCGCGCUGCGCCGCUCCGCCACCAACUGCGACCGCACCGACACCGCGCCGCAUCUCGUCUUUGACGCCACCGCCACUGGUGAAUGUCAAGAUCAAACGAGCCACCAACCAGCUCUGAGGAUAUCCCUAACUUUUGUAAUAUGUCUCCCAAUCAUACACUACGUAAUACCGAGAUGAUUCCUAAUAAACGGCACAAAAUAAGUCAUUUCGGACCCCUCACCCUUGUAAUUAUAGCUACGAACAUAGGCAGGCUUAGAAACUAUUUAGUAAACCACCUUUAGUUACAACACUUUGUAAACAUUAUUAUAACAAGCCUUAUUUCCAGUAAUUUACGUUAUAAAAUUACCAUUGUAAAUCAUUUAAAAUCGAUAAUAAUAACGUUUAUCAAUCAUAGAUAGAUUCAAUCGCCUAAAACAUGAUAUUGCCAUAACAAAAAAAAAAUAGCUAAAAUAACGAAUAACCGUUAUUUUAAAGUUGUUAUUUCAUUAUAUUUAAAUGUACAAUUUUAGAUAAUAAAUUGACAUGAUAGAUGUCGUCUUGAUUGCACAAAAUGCACGUAUAUUUCUUGAUUUCUUCUUUUUUGUGAUUGUUGCCUCCAAGUUAAAUUAUUUUUGAUAACUGAACUAAUAAUAUUGUAGAAGGGUCUAUUGUAAUAAACGAAUAACUCUAGAGGGGUUCAAUGAGAGCAACCGUUUUUUGCUAUCAAAUAGCGAGGCCUGUUUAUCGAAUUAACUGGUAUCAAACCAUUAGUUAUGUAAUUUUGACAGCUACAUUGAUUGGACAACCAGACCUCAUGCGACAGUAGUGCCAUCUGCUGAGCAAAAAAGCAGUAACCUCCAUGGUCUGUAUCUAUAAGCCAUUAUAUUUUUGUCUGAAACCUCUCUAGAGAAACUACAGAACGAAGCAUUUUCGACUCCAAUAGACAGUCUUAUUAUUUCAAUAGAUUAAUGUGAUACUUGGAGGCACAUCUGUUUGGAUGUCUUGUGUAUAGAAGUUCUAUAUUAUAGUAAAUUGUUAUCCUUGGACCAAUUUAUAAAAGUCAUUCCCCUAAUCAUCGUAUUCAGAAAGUUUAAUAAGUAACUUCCGAGAUGAAUACUAGUUUUACUAAUUACCUACUUAUUUUGGUUAAGUGCCAAGACUAAUACUAUUACUUGCCGAGACAGAUAGCAUUCUUAAGAUUUAACAAGAUCGCUCCGAUUGGUUGGUUCAUUAGAACCGGCCAACCAGAGUGCCGAACGCGCUCUCAUUAGGAUGUCGUUACACGUAAAUUCAAAGUCGUACUAAGCCCUCUGUGUUCCAAAAUGAAAAUAAAAAUAUAAUUUAUAUUUCAUUUUAAAUUUUGGUUCAAGGAUUACACAAUUUAGACAAAAUGGUUGGUAGAUUUGAUGAGAAUGGUUGUGAAAUAAUUCUUGUUGCGACAGUUUUAUAUAUUAUGCAGAAAUGUCCUCGGCUUCUUAUUUCAUUUUACCUAAUAUUUUUUAAGUUUUGUUUCUAAGAUUUAUGUUAAUUUUUAUAUUCAUGAUACACUUGAAACAUUUUAUCAUAUGUUUGUUGUAAAAAUAUGCAUUUAACGUAAUAUUAUUUAAAAAAUACUCUAACUAUAAUUUGCUCACACGACCUGACUCCCAUUUAUAAACUCUUUACGCCUUUGGACAUAAAAGGUUUAGGUAGGCGAAACCGAUAUUAUUUAUACAUACACAAAAUAGUCUAUAACUUAUACUUACAUUAUUUAAUCUUAAUACAAAUUAGUACGUUCACUACAAUUAUGAAGCUUCGAAUUAUGUACAAAAUCAUUGUAAAAUGUUAUUGAGUAGCUAGAAUAAUUUUACGAUCUAGUUAAUUAUUAAUUAAUUAACUUUAUUUUUAUUUUAUUUAAUUAUUCUUACCUUACCUUUUGUAUAUUUUGAUUUGGUGUAAAUUAAAAUGUAAUCAUAAGUUUUUUAGAUACAUUAUAAUUAUUACUAUAAUAAGCACAAUUAUUUAUACAGGCCCCAUUUAGUUGGCGUUGGUGAAAAUAAGUUAUUUAGUUGGACCUACGUUAAACGGUUAAAUUGUAAUAGUUUUUCUCAUAUUAAUCUACCUUUAUACGUUAUUUUAAAGAAGAUUCUUCCCUCUUAUUGGAUUUCAUUACUAAUAAUUAACGGGCCGCUAUAUUUUUUGCAAACUGAGUGCACAAAAUCGACACUUCUGAACAACGAACAGUUUUGAGUGACUUGUACCCUCCCUUCAAUUGUUUGUAGCUUACCUUACCUUACCUAAUAAUUUACCUUACACGUAAAUUAUAUCAAAUAUGACCCUACUCCCAACUAUUACAUGUUAAAUAAUAAUUAUAAGUGUUACAAACUUUGAUAAAGUAAAUCAGAAGUGUCGGUUACCUUCCAAAACUCAAUGCUCAAACUUGGCUAGAUUAGCAAAUUAUUUUCUAAAUGGAUGGGGUCUAAAUGAUUGUUACAAUGCACCAUAUAAUGGUUGCUUCACUAACUUUGUACUAAUGUAUUUGUUACGACAUUUUCACGAGAAAGCAAUGUUUUCUCAAAUCAAGCAAUACUACUAUAGGUAAGAUUAGAUAAGACUAAAUUUAGCUAAGUAAAAACGAAUACUCAUUUUGAGAUCAAUGUAAAAUUUAAUUAAGUUAUUUAGAUAAUAAAAUCGCAACAGCAAUAAUAUAUUUGUAUUUAUAGCUAUUGAGCGUUAAAUUUUUAAUAGUUAGUAGACAGUUGUGGAUAAUGGAGCUAGCGUUGUUGUUUUAUAAUGUGACAGAGAGAUUAUUUCUUUGUGGAAGCUAACUCGUAAGGAAAUGAUUAUAAAGGUGAAUGUUUAAAUAAAAAUACUUUAAAAUCGUUUCCUUCGAGGUUAUCAUCGUUAAGUUUCCAUUGUGUGAUAUAGGUACAUUGAAAUUAAUUAAGUAUAUAGUCGUCAGCAUGGAUUAAAAUAAACAGCGAAAUUGAU